AAUGGACGACACCGGCAGCGUUAUAGACGACCUUCCGCCGCCCUCACCUAAUCGAUCUCUAGUUGCAACUCCAACGCCAGCGAUUCCGGGGAGAACAGGGAAACUAGACUAUGGGCUUCACGAAUCGGCCAUGCGAGUGCCGGUGCUCGAUAAGGUCAAGGAGGCGCGGAAAGCGACCAUCGAGUCCAAACCGGACAUCCUGGGGGUGCGGGGGCCGGUGUGGAACGAGACUGUGGCCCUCAAUCCAGGGAAACAUCACGGGAAAUUCUCCCACAACCUUCUGUCCAACACGCUCACGCCAGAGCUUAUCAACAGCACGGACGUGCGCAAGCUGACCGGCACCACGGCGGCACGUGGCGACCCCGCCGCCGCCACGCUGGACCGCUCGCUGAGCCCGGCGGCGGGCGGCCCCAGCGGCUGGAACACCAGCACCACCCUGCCCUCCAGCAAUGACCGGCAGCGGCAGCUGGAGGCGGGCCUGAACGCCUCCCUGGCGGCCACGGCGCGGCGGCGGGCCAGCCCCACGCCCCACUACGUGGACCCUGUGGCGCGCCAGACCGCCUACAGCGAGACCAUACGGGCCAUCAAGGCCAACAGCGGGGCGGACAUGGGGGAGCUCACGGCGCGGUACGGCCCCGACGGCGCGGAGGCUAUGGCCGCCAUCCUCGCCAUGCCCGCCAAGGAGUCGCGGCCGCGCAUCCGCACCACCCGCGCCGACCUGCAGGCGGUGGCGGCGCUGGACGCCUUCAGCGCGGGGCGGGACGACGCGGAGGAGGAGGAGCAGGGAGAGGCGGUGCCGCUGUCCAGCCCCAUGCCGGGAGCGGAGCGGUAGCGCGUGUGGGGGCGGGAGGGGGCGUGUGGCGGGGUGGGGGUGGGGGUGGAUGGGGUGAGGGUGAGGGUGCGGGGAUGUGGGUUGGUGGUGGUUGUGAGCGUGGGGGGAGGAUAUGGCAGGAGGCGGUGGCGGUGCGCGUGAUUGGCUCGCAGUGGUGCUGGCGCUGGGGGAGUGUGCCGGCUGCCGUCUCGUAGCAUCAGGGUAGCAUGAUUGCGGUAUUACAAGAGAGGACAACCCGAGUGUGCGAGCGCACCAGGGCCAUCGAAUGCUGCCUGGUAGCAUGGACCCGCAAGCCGCGGCGCGGUUCAGAUGGUGUCGGGUGGUUGCAGGUCAGGAGCUGUGCAGCAGGUGUGGCGCAUGAGCGCUGCUUUGAGCCAUGGUGCCCGCUGUAAUGGGAUGUUCUG